AUGAGUUUCCUUGACUCGGUUCUUACCUCGCUUCAAACUGGCAAGCUCACUGAGCUUCCGACUUCUCAACCCCCAUCUCCUCCAAAAAUUCCAUCUCCCAAGCCAGAUGAUCGCAAGCCAGCUUCGGCCCCCCGUGGGCAUGUUUCGACAAUGAAUGCUGGGACCAAGCGCAAGGCCGAGGAGCAGUUGCCUCGAUCUACGAAGCCUGUUUCUAGACCUGUGGCAACACCCAGGGCUCCAAAACCUGCGCUCAAAUCGACCCCUGUUAAGACGGUUGCAUCCAAGGUUGCCCCUAAGAAUGGUACCGUCGGAGUCAAGAGGACAGCUGCGGCUCCCACCAAGUCUGCGUCAACCAAGUCUGCUCCACCUGAUUCAGGUCCUUCCAAGGCCCCACCGAAAGGUUCUUAUGCCGACCUCAUGGCGCAGGCCAAGGCUCGACAGGAACAGGCUCCUUCCCACGUUGGUUUGAUCCGAAACCAGACCGAUACCCGCGAGCACAUUGGCCAAUACAAACUCAAGCAACGCAUGCAGGAAGCCAAGAUGCGAGCGAAGAUGGAGGCGAAGGGUAAGAAGUUUACGCCAGAACCCGUGCGAAACUACGGCCGAAAGCGAUCUCCCGAACAUCCUGCCCGCAAGCGAUCUCCCCCGGAAGGUCCGUCCUACAAGGGCACUGCGAAGCCAACGCAGACCCCCGAGCCACCUGCCUACCAUGGAACUGCAGGCUUGCCUGGAAAGGCUGGCAACAAUGAUCGUCGCCAGCAUGGCAAACGCCGCAUGAAUGAGUACAUGGGAACCGAUGAAGAGGACGAAGGAGACUAUGGUGGCUACAACGAUUACUAUUCUGACGUAUCUUCCGACAUGGAGGCUGGCUUUGAUGACGUGGAGGAAGAAGAAGGCAGUGCCUUGAAGAAUGCUCGCAGGGAGGACGAAAAGGAGCUGCGCCUGGAGAUGGCCGCCAAGAAAGAAAAGCUUGAGCGUCAGCAGAGACUUGCUGCACUUGCUUCCCGCAAGCGCUAA